AUGGGAACGGAUCCGAUUGUCGUCGGUGCCCAGGUGAUUCUGGCACUGCAACAGAUUGUCUCCCGGAACCUGAGUGCGAUCGAUGAGCCGGCCGUCGUCUCUGUUACCGAAGUUACAACGAAUGGAACGGUCAAUGUGAUUCCCUCCAGCAUGAAAAUCAAAGGGGAUACCCGCAGCUUCACCGAUGCCGCACUGCAGAAGAUCGAAAAGGCGAUGGAGCGGAUUGUUGCCGGGCAGUGUGCGGCAGCCGGGGUCAAGUACCAGUAUGAAUUCCGGAACACGUUUAUCUCAACGAUCAACGCCGAGGGUCCUGCGCAAAAUGCGGUCCGGGCGGCGGCUGCGGUGGCGGGGGCAGAGAACGUCAACGGCAACUGCCAGCCUUUUACCAUCAGUGAAGAUUUCGCAUUUCUGUUACGCGAAAAACCCGGAUGUUAUAUCCUGAUCGGCAAUGGAGAGGGGCGGCCGGCUCUGCAUAAUCCGCAUUACGAUUUUAAUGAUGCUAUCCUGGAACAGGGCAUCCGGUACUGGAAAACACUGGUAGAACAACAGUUAUCUGUAUAA